AUGGGCAAAUGUUCGGAAAAAUUAUAUAGGAUUAUUUAUUUGCAGACUCGGGCUUCGUGGUGAUUUCUAAUAGUUAUAAUGUGAAGAUAUGCUUUACUAUAGAAAUGCAAGUUAUUAACGUUAGCGUUUCCGAACACUACAAAGAGAAGGGAGCUCCUUGUAGAUGCGUUGUAAAUUAAAUUUGAUCUUGAAUCUGCUUCAGUGAUUACAAUUAUUAGGAUGUUGCACGAGUGAAAUGAAAAUAUGGCAAGAGAUGGAGACGUGCCGACGAUUUUCAAUCCGAAGCGAGUUCGUACUCCGUCGGUCAUCAUAACGACGGAUGAGGUGGAGAGCGAGCAGGUGGACGUGGAGCGGGAGCGCCCUAACGGUCCGCCGACGUCGCGCAGCCCCAGGGCUUCGUUGACGCCGCAGACGUCGGUGUCGUCAGCGCCGCCGCUGACCACCCAGCCCUCGCUGCAGCAGGCGUACAGCGAGUCCGCCACCAGCAGCCAGGAUGAGGACCGCCGCGACAAGAAAUGUCCUCGAUCGUGCUGCUCUAGAGGGGCUAAGAAGAUUUACUAUGGGCUGUGUGUUACAACUACUAUUGUCGCCUCCUGGGUGACGGUCACUCAGUCCAUCAAGUACAUGUACCUGCAGAAGUACACCUCCAGAUCAGCGCUGGAUACCUUUGUCACGGACAGCACAGAAUCUUCCAUUAGUAAUAAUUUCACCACAAAAAUGCAUACACAUUAUCAAUACAAUGCACCAUUCUUCACAGCAUGGUUUUGUACAAACUGGCUUAUAUUGUUCUACCCUCUGUACAUAAUUGUCAUGUUGAUACACAACAAGUGUAAGUCUGCAAAUGCUAUCGCUUGUGAUGCCUUCACUGAUUUUAAAGACAAGGGAUUCACUUUUGCGCGCUUCCUCAGCCGCUGCGGUCUGUUCUGCCUGCUGUGGGUGACGACGGUGUACAUGUACACGUACUCGCUAAAGAUCCUGCUGGCGACGGACGUGCUCGCUCUCUUCGCCACCAACGUGUCGUGCGUCUACCUGCUGUCCUGGGUCAUAUUGCACGAGCAGUUCGUGGGUGUCAGGAUCGUGGCGGCGAUCCUCUGCGACACUGGCAUCGCGCUACUGGCGUACAUGGACGGCAUCACAGGCAGCUCCACGCUCGGCGGCGUCGUGCUCGCCGCCUGCGCCGCCGCCGGCUUCGCUAUAUUCAAGGUGCUGUUCCGCAAAGUGAUGGGCGAGGUGAGCGCGGGUCAGCGCGCGUUAUUCUUCUCGCUGGUGGGCGGCGUGAACGCGGCGCUGCUGUGGCCAGUGUGGCUGGCGCUAGUGCUCACGCGCACGGAGCUGCUGCCAGCUGACAUGCCCUGGCUGGCGCUGCUGCAGGCCAGCGUGGCUAUGCUCGUGUUCCACGUGAUGUUCCAGUUCGGGAACCUGAUGACGUACAACAUCUUCGUGUCGCUCGGCCUCAUCAUGUCCGUGCCCGUGUCCGCAGGUCUGGACGUAGUACUGUACGGCGUGGAGUUCGAGGGCAUGAAGCUGGCGGGCAUCGUGCUCAUCGCCGUCGGCUUCUUCCUCGUCAUGUUCCCCGACAACUGGCCCGACUACAUCAUGCGGCUGUUGCGAUGGAGCCGCAGUCGCAAGCGCGGUACGGACGCGUCGGGCCGCAACCGCGACGCCGUGGACUACCGCACCGGGUACAUACGCUCGCACCUCCGCUCGCCGUCCGGCCGCGUCAGGUGACCGCCUCGCGUACGCGCCGAGGAUGCAACAGACGAGCAUAGAGCUUGCUUGGAUUAGGUACGUGUGUCGCGUUAAAAGUUGUCUCAAAGUUAGACUGCACUGGGAGUCACAGCAAGAAUGUAUAUGAUAUUAUAGUAAAGUUAAACCGCACGCGGCAGCGAAGGCGACACGGCACUCCAGUACUACGACGUAAUGUCGCGUGACGCGUCGCUACUCUGUGGUGCAAAUAUGCGUGGUUUAAAAGCGAAGCGAGUGUUUGUAGCGAUAGUGGUGCCUCAACAGUGGCUAUGUCGCUACAAAUGCUAACCUCAAUCAUGGCUUGAUGAGGAUUUUCAAGGUCGUGUUAUGUGGCCAUUAUCACUAGAUGUCGCUUUGUGUACGUCGGAUUCGAACUCGUUGGAUAACACAAUCGUGAAAUACCUCAUGGUAGGAUGUCUUAAUGCUGAGAUACAUUUACUUUUAUUGGCCUAGUGCUAAAUAAUGCGAGAUUUUGUCGCUACUCGCCUUACAAUUUUUAUCGAAUUAGUUACCAUUUCGGCCAUAAUGUCAUA